CCUCUGGGGCCACUCCUUAGACAACCACCGGGGAUCCCUGGACCCCGGGAGCGAAGUGGGUCUGGAGGGAGACUGCUGAAACUCUGGCCUUGAGCUUGGCUCCUACCAUCUCUCGGGUAGCCCUCAAUUAACUCAAAGGCCAGUCUUUCGCCUGGAAAUAUGAACGCAAAGCCCCGCAGCCUGUCUGGCAAAACAGAGGAGGGGAAAGCAUAAUUGUCAUUGUCUUCGACCGACGUCCAAAGGGCUCAAGCCACUUUUCCGAGACCACGGAGGAAAUGACCUGCCUGGAGAGCGUGGGCCAGCCGGAGGAGGCAAGCCCGGAGGAGCAGCAGGAGGAGGCGUGCGCGGAGGAGGCGAGCGGCGGGGAGGAGCGACCCGAGGACGAGGGGGAGGAGGAGGCGGCAUACCUGGACGAGCUGCCGGAGCCGCUGCUGCUGCGUGUGCUGGCCGAGUUGCCGGCUGCCCAGUUGGUGCAGGCCUGCCGCCUGGUGUGCCUGCGCUGGAAGGAGCUGGUGGACGGCGCCCCCCUGUGGCUGCUCAAAUGCCAGCAGGAGGGUCUAGUGCCCCAGGACGGCCCCGAGGACGAGCGCGACCACUGGCAGCAAUUCUACUUCCUCAGCAAGAGGCGGCGCAACCUGCUGCGCAACCCGUGUGGGGAAGAGGACCUGGAGGGCUGGUGCGACGUGGAGCACGGUGGGGACGGCUGGAGGGUGGAGGAGCUGCCCGGAGACUGUGGGGUGGAAUUCAUCCAUGAUGAGAGCGUCAAGAAGUACUUCGCCUCCUCCUUCGAGUGGUGUCGCAAAGCGCAGAUCAUUAAUCUGCAGGCUGAGGGCUACUGGGAGGAGCUACUGGACACCACUCAGCCGGCGAUCGUGGUGAAGGACUGGUACUCUGGCCGCAGAGACGCCGGCUGCCUGUACGAGCUCACCGUGAAGCUGCUGUCGGAGCACGAGGACGUGCUGGCCGAGUUCAACAGCGGGCAGGUGGCAGUGCCGGCGGACAGCGACGACGGUGGCUGGAUUGAGAUCUCCCACACCUUCACCGACUAUGGGCCCGGCGUCCGCUUCGUCCGCUUCGAGCAUGGGGGACAGGACUGCGUCUACUGGAAGGGCUGGUUCGGGGCCCGGGUGACCAACAGCAGCGUGUGGGUGGAGCCCUGAGUGACCUGUCCUCCAGCCUCUCCCAGCUGCCUUGGAGGGGCAGAGGCCGGGGAUUAGAUAGGCCUUAGUAGCAUCCUCACCCUCCCCACCCCCACGAACUCCUCUCUGUCCCAUACUCUAAGCCCAGCCCCCACACAGGAAGAGAGAGGUUUUGUUGGUAUAUAUUUGCAUCCAGAAAAUAAGAUGGGUGAGGGUGUGGGUCUGCACUGGGCCGACCACUAAAUCCCCUAGCACUUGUCCUCUAGCACAGUGCCUGCCACUGUGGGCGUUCAAUAAAUAUUAUUUGUUGGAGGAAGGAAUGAAUGAACAAACGGAUGAAUGAA